UACUUCCGAGUAACAUCGCGCGCGGAAUUUUAUUUUUCAUAUCCUGAAAUUCAUCCUCCUAUUGUUCAAAAGCUACAAAAUAAUUACAAAGUGGUCUAGCUCAUUAAAAACAAUCCGCAUAAUAUAUUUUUUUCGCAAUAUCCUAAAAAAGUAAACAAAAACAUUGGUGUAUGUUCAAGUGAAUUUAAAACUUAAAAAUACAAGUGCGCCCUGCGUUCUAUUUUCCGUGCGGACUCGGGUUGGUUCGGUUGCGAAAAGUGGCGGCACUCGGCCAACAUCGGCGGCGAUCGCCGCGAAGAGGGCGUCCAUCCAACCCCGCCCGUGAGGGACAGAGACAGAAGACUCUGCUGACAUGGCGACAACACGAAUGGAUUGAUGUUUUUCACGUGGAAAACUCAUCCCUUCGAUAUAUGCAUGUAAAGGUCCCCCUGCGCCCGUCACACAAACUGCACUAAGCACUAUGAAACUGAAAAUGGCUUUUAAAAAGUAAACAUUAUCUAUUGUUGACGUUUUGUUGUAUUGUUCAUGGAACAAGAGAGAAUAUUUAUGUAUACACGAUUGAAUAGUUGUUGGUAAAAUUUGAUUUUAAGCCUGGUUGGUGAAAAUACAAAAGCAAAAAUGGCUACGCAAAGGUUUUGUUUGAGGUGGAACAACCACCAAUCCAACAUGUUAUCAGUGUUUGACCAGCUACUACACGCAGAGACGUUUACUGACGUCACCUUAGCUGUUGACGGCCAGUUGCUGAAAGCACACAAGAUGGUGUUAUCAGCCUGUAGUCCCUACUUUCAAGCUCUCUUCGUAAAUCACCAAGAGAAACAUCCGAUUGUCAUACUGAAGGAUGUUCCAUAUUCCGACAUGAAGAGUUUACUAGACUUCAUGUAUAGAGGAGAAGUAAGCGUGGACCAAGAGAGGCUGACGGCUUUUUUGAAAGUAGCCGAGAGCUUAAGAAUAAAGGGUCUGACUGAGGUUAAUGAGGAGAAGUGUGAUAUACCAGCCUUAACUAAUUCGUUAAUUCAGCAGCAGACUAACGCACACACGCCUCCACCGCAAUUGCACAGAAUACACCCAUAUAUGCAUCAAAAGCGUCCUGCAUCCGGGAUGCCCAGCGGAGGAGCACCUCCUAAUUUGUUAAUGCCUCUAUUAGGCAAUGCAUUAAUGCAACCCAAAAGAAAGCGAGGGCGACCAAGAAAACUCAGUGGGAGUUCAAGUGACGCAUUAAACACAGCGGCCAGUCCUCCAGGAGAGUUUAUUCCUGAGGCAGCAUCUCAUGCAUCAUCAAACCGACCCGGCGAUCAGUUGAUUAGAGGCUCUCCAGAAAUGUUGGAAGUUAAGAUGUCAAUGGAUGGAUUUAACGCGGACGACGGUGCGACUUCAGGGGGUGAGGAAGCGGGCGAGGCUCUUCUUAUCGAUGAAGGUGAUGACGCUCAAUCGACCGAAGCUCCGAUGACUGGCAAGGACUCCGAAUCGGCAGAUCCCGAUAAACCACCAAAAGAGGAAAUACAACAAAACUUUUCAACAAACGGACCUGUAAUAUCUAUUGAAAAUGGAUCUAUAAAACAAGAACCCGCCGCCGAGGUGAACGAUGGUUACAACGAACCAAUCGAAUAUAAAUACAAUCCCGACAGAAGCCGCGAAAACUCUAAUUCGCAAGAUGGUCCUGUUAAAGAUACAGAAGAUAAAAACAGACUAGGUCGUAACUUAAAGCCAAAGAAUAGUAAAAAAUUGCUACCCCAAAUGUCAAAAAUUAGAGCUCGAAACUUGUUUAAUCAGCUUUCUGGGCUAUCUAAUCUGAAUCCCGCGUUAAAUACGUUCGAUAAAUUCCCUCCAGACCCGGUUCUGAUGCCAGCUCUCGCCACACAGCUGUUCGCCGCUGAAUUAGAGCAAAAUAACCUCAACUUGGCUAAUAACGAGGUAUCCGAUUUAGCACCGACCAAUUGGGAGCAUCGUAUAUUUCCUUCGCCUAUAAGGAAGGCCAAUAUGGGGAGUGUGGGUAACUACCAUGAGGAGACAAACGAGUCGGUGAGAGAUUAUUGCAUUAAGGAAGGAGAAAAUGUUUUCAGAUGUAAAAUAUGUGCGAGGGUCUACACCCACAUAAGUAAUUUCUGUAGGCACUACGUUACUUCUCACAAAAAAGAUGUGAAAGUUUUUCCUUGUCCUAUUUGCUUCAAAGAGUUCACUCGAAAAGAUAAUAUGAUCGCUCAUUUAAAGAUCAUACACAAAAAUCAACCCAAUGCAAACGAGCAAAUGGCGAAACAAGAGUCUUAAUGUAUUCAGAAGUUUAGGUUGUCGGCAACACUCAGUAGGUACUCUUUGUCGCAGAUGUAAUAAGAUCUGAUUAGCCAGAGUAGAAUUUAUUCAUGUUAUACGUUAUUUAACUUAAAAUUUGCCUUUUCAAUAGUUUAUAAAGCGUAGAUUGCGUAUUGAGUAAGCGUUCGAGCUCUAAGUUUCAUGAAUAUAUCAAUAAGUUUGUUGAUAUUAGACGACGCCAGUCGUUUGUUGUUAAUAUUUAUCUAUUUAUUUAUUUUGUUCCAUUUGUUUCUCAGAGUGCUGACUUCAAAGAGAUUUAUAAAAUUUUCUAUGAUUUACUUGUUAUUUUGCACUUACUUGUUACUUAAUUUUAUUAGUUACAACAUUUUCAGGGUACAAAAUAACUACUCAUGGUGAUCGUAAAUUCAAAAGUAGUGUAAUUGUUAAUGUGCUGAAUAUUAAAUUUAAUGCAAUUCUCAUUGAACUGAAUUAGUUAGUUUAAGUUUAGUUAAUAUAUUUAUGAGUAUAUUGCAAUGGCAUAGUCUUUUCGUAAAUAGAGUAACUGAAAUUGAUAGUACUCUAUCAACCUUUGUUAUUUAAAUAUGCAUCAGUGAUCAGAGGCUAAACGCACUCUCUAUGAAAAGACUUGAAAAAAAAUGCCAUUGCGUAAGUAGUAGCGAAAAUGCAUUUUCAUUUUAACUUGCCUUAAUAGUGAUCUUAGUUGUAGAUGACGAUUUGACUUCUCCGAAGUAAAACUCAACACAGGCUAUGAUUUUAUGUUCUAGAAUUUGUUAAGAUUAAUUUAAAAUAGUUUAUCAAUGUUGAAAUAUUUGGUUGUAAAUGUUAUUAUACUAUUCAAAUACUUAUUUAAAUCGCUUAAAUUAUACAAUAGUGAAAUACAAUAAAAUUAAAGAUUAGUUUGUAAUAAAAGGGCGAAGAUUGUAGCAAGCCUACAUACACAUUAUAGGUAGUUAAACGUUCAGUUCCUGAGUAUUCAACAGAGCCCCAAAUCAGUUAGAUAUUUUAAUAAAAGUUUUAAUUCCUUACAUUAUAUAGUUGAAUAGGAAAAUAUUUCUUUGUUAAUUUAUUUACUUAUGUGGAAAAUCUACUUGUCAAAGACAAUACAACAAAUGUAGUAAUUAAUAUUAUAACUUAAUAUCGCGUAUUGCACGUAUCGUUUUCAUUAUUGUAAGCAUGCCUUUCAGAGAAUCCAAUACGUGCAAACGCAGUAUUAAUAUCGAUUCACAAACGCAUCUACCUAUUCAAAUUUGAGUUACUAUCUAAAACAACUUUAUAACAAAUGUAACAUAUUAUAUAUUUUAAAAGUUGACGAUUAAAUUGUAUAUAUUUGAAACGAGGCAACAAGGCGUUGUUGUUAAAAGUGAUGUUAGCAAGGUGCUUUGAAUGAAGUUUAUAUGUAACUGGAAUCAUGAGAUGAUUUUGUAAAUUCUAUUUUAGUAGAAAACAAAAUGCCUUAAAUAUAAAAUAAGGAAUGGUACUUAUAAAUUAUUUAGUUAAAUUUAGAGGCAAAAGUAGUCUUCCAUGUAAUGAUAGCGACACGUUUUCAUAUUUCAAUUAUAACAUUGUUUUAAAUCAAUAUAAUAUAAUGUGUUGAUAUGAAUAGUACUUCGAUUGGUACUUAGGUACUUACGUCGUAAUGACCCAACAACCAAAUUCUCCAAUAAUAAACGUAGGUCCAGGGAACGCUUGCCUAUUAGUGUGCCUUUACUUGUAUAUUAAUAAGUUAAAUAUUUAUCGACUACUAGAUGACUAAGAAAUUUCAAAAAUAUUAUGUAGAUAUUAUUUAUUUUCAUUAUUCAGAGUUUACAAUAUCUACUUUAAGAAGCUUCCUUAGGAGUUUAGAAACCUUUUAGGCCCAAGUAGUUAAAUUAAAAGACGUAUUUAAAAUUAAGAAGAUAUCAUCUCAUGUUUUCCAUUUUGUUUGGAAAUCGGAACAACUCGUGAAUGUUAUUUACUAAAUGAAUAUAAAAUUCGUGUAAUUUUCGAGGCGUCUGGGUCUUGAUAAUCAAUAUUAAGACUGGUUAAAUUCAUAAAAACGAAUUUAUUGUACCUACCUUUCAUAAAUCUUUAUACGAAAUUUACCUUGAACAUUGAUAGGUACUUAAAGAGGAAAUUUAGACUUAAAUAUGGUGAGGCUAUUAUUGAACGAUUAAACAAAUCGCUUACAAUAUGAUAGUCAAUUUAGCCAGUGCCUAAGCUUAACCCGUUAAUUUAUGAUGUGUACCUAAACACUACUUAAACCUCUUAUUUGUAAAAUUGCAUGUUUCGUUAUUUUUAUUAUUAUUAUCAUCAUCGGUGUAACUUUUACUGAAAACAGAAUCCAGGUUAAUAAUUCUAUUCGAAUGACCUAUAUUUAUUAUAUCAUCUCACUAAUGAAUAAUUUUAUUAUUUGUUAAUCUUAUAUCAUAAUUGGUGCUAAAUUAUACUUAAGAAAAUGUCACAUGUGAUGUGACAUAAAAUGGAUUGUCCCUAAAAUAUACAUAUUAUAUAUUGUUUGUUGAUAUUGUUGUUUUAAAAGCAUCUAUAUAAGUACAUAGUCAAUCGUUAUAUCUAUCCGUUGAGUCAAUGUUAUUAUGGGACUUAAAACAUUCGCAAUUAUAUAAUUCAAUUCAAAUAUUAAUUAAAGUAUAACACGUAUAUAUAUGAUUGAAACAAAAUAAUAAGAUACUUAUCUACUUACAUUCUACUAUGAAAUCUUUAAGCAAUAUUUAUAUACAUAAAUUCAUAUAAAACGAAAAAUAGUGAGUUUAUAGCAUAGUUACAAUACAUAUAUCCGGUUUAUUAACAUUUUAUAGUAUUUUCAUCAA